AUGCGACCUCGCCCCAGACCGAGGCGGACCUCGCGUCCGGUGCCGAGCGAGAGCACCGCCGCCUACCUCUCGGGCAACAAGGAGGGCGUUACUGCCGUAUACGUCCUGCCUCGUGCCGGUACGAUCUCGCCCUGGUCGUCCAAGGCGACCGACAUUGCCAAGCUGUGUCGCCUCGGUCAGCACGUGAACCGCAUCGAGCGCGGCGCGCUCUAUCUUCUCGGCGGCUCCAACAUUCAGCUUGACAAGCUCGAGAAGCAGCUGCACCUCAUCCACGACCGCAUGACACAGGUCGUCAGCACCUCGCUCCCUGCCGCCGAGGAUGUCUUCCCCCCCGCCGCGCCCCAGCCCGACCCCCUUGUCACCGUCCCCAUCCUCGGCGCCAAGGACCCCAAGGCCGUCCUCGAGGAGGCCAACGCCCGUCUGGGCCUCGCCCUCUCCGACACCGAGAUCCCGUACCUCGUCGACUCGUUCCUCGCCGCGGGCCGCAACCCGACCGACGCCGAGCUCUUCAUGUUCGCCCAGGUCAACUCGGAGCACUGUCGCCACAAGAUCUUCAACGCCGCCUGGAACAUUGACGGCGCCGACAAGGAGAACUCGCUCUUCGGCAUGAUUCGCAACACCGAGAAGCAGUGCAACUCGAACGGUACGCUUUCGGCGUACCACGACAACGCGGCUAUCCUCGAGGGCUUCACCGCUCCCCGCUUCGCCGUCGCCGACAACAAGGGUACCUACGGCGCCAAGGAGGAGCCGAUGCCCAUCCUCAUCAAGGUCGAGACGCACAACCACCCGACUGCCGUUUCGCCCUACCCCGGAGCUGCUACUGGUUCCGGUGGUGAGAUCCGUGACGAGGGUGCCACCGGCCGUGGUUCGCGUCCCAAGGCCGGUCUUGCCGGUUUCACUGUCUCGGACCUCCUGAUCCCCGGUUUCGAGCAGGCCUGGGAGUCGGACAUUGGCCGUCCCGGUCACAUUGCGUCCGCGCUCGACAUCAUGAUCGAGGCUCCCCUCGGUGCUGCCGCCUUCAACAACGAGUUCGGCCGCCCCGCCCUCGGCGGCUACUUCCGUACCUUCCUCAUGGAGGUGCCCUCGGCUGACGGCAGCCCCGAGUGGCGCGGCUACCACAAGCCGAUCAUGAUUGCCGGUGGUCUCGGCACCGUCCGCCCCGAGUACGCGCUGAAGGAGAAGAUCACUCCGGGUGCCAAGGUCAUCGUCCUCGGUGGCCCUGGUAUGCUCAUCGGUCUCGGUGGCGGUGCCGCCUCGUCCAUGGCCUCGGGCGCCUCGUCGGCCGACCUCGACUUUGCCUCUGUCCAGCGUGAGAACCCCGAGAUGCAGCGCCGCUGCCAGCAGGUCAUUGACGCGUGUGUCAACCGUCCCCAGUCCGAGGGCGGCAACCCGAUCCAGUCGAUCCACGACGUCGGUGCCGGUGGUCUCUCGAACGCCCUGCCGGAGCUCGUCCACGAUGCCGGUCUCGGCGCCGUCUUUGAGAUUCGCGACGUGCUUGUCGACGACCCCAAGAUGUCCCCCAUGGAGAUCUGGUGCAACGAGUCGCAGGAGCGCUAUGUUCUCGCCGUUGCGCCCAAGGACCUCCCCGUCUUCGAGGAGAUGUGCCGCCGCGAGCGCUGCCCCUUCGCUGUCGUCGGUACCGCCACCGAGGAGCAGCGUCUCGUCGUGACCGACCGCCUCCUCGGCGAGAACGCUAUUGACAUUGACAUGGGCGUCCUCUUUGGCAAGCCGCCGCGCAUGCACCGCAAGGCCGAAACUGUUCACCCGAAGCGCGAGGCCUUCGACGCCACGCUCAAGCAGUACUCGCCCUCUGCCACCCUCACCGAGGCCGCUGACCGUGUUCUCCACGUCCCCAGCGUCGGCAGCAAGGGCUUCCUGAUCACGAUUGGCGACCGCUCCAUCUCUGGCCUCGUCACGCGCGACCAGAUGGUCGGUCCCUGGCAGGUCCCCGUCGCCGAUGUCGCCGUCACCCGUUCCUCGUUCGGUUUCGACGUCAAGGUCGGUGAGGCCAUGGCGAUGGGCGAGCGCACGCCCCUCGCUCUGCUCUCUGCGGGCGCGUCGGCCCGCAUGGCCGUCGCUGAGGCGCUGACCAACCUCGUCGCCGCCUCCGUCCCCGACAUGGGCAAGACCAAGCUGUCGGCCAACUGGAUGUCGGCCGCGUCUGCGCCCGGCGAGGGCUCGCGCCUCUACGAGGCCGUGCAGGCUAUUGGCAUGGAGCUCUGCCCCGCCCUCGGCGUCGGCAUCCCUGUCGGCAAGGACAGCAUGUCGAUGAGCAUGCGCUGGGGCGACAAGAGCGUCACUGCGCCCCUCUCGCUUAUUGUCACCGCGUUCGCGCCGACCGACAACGUUUCGGCGACCUGGACGCCGCAGCUGCGUACCGACGUUGGCGAGACGACGCUCGUCUUCGCCGACCUCGCGCAGGGCAAGCAGCGACUUGGCGGCUCCGCCCUCGCGCAGGCGUACAAGGCGCUCGGCUCCGAGGCGCCCGACGUCGAGGACGCGUCCGAGCUCAAGGCCUUCUUCACCGCCGUGUCCGAGCUGCACAAGGGCCAGACCGUGCUGGCAUACCACGACCGUUCCGACGGUGGUCUCUUCACCGCCGUCGCCGAGAUGGCCUUUGCGGGCCGCUCAGGCGUCGAGCUCACCCUCGACGGCUACUCGACUGGCGACGCUGCCGCGGCGCUCUUCAACGAGGAGCUCGGUGCCGUCUUCCAGGUGCGCAACGCCGACCUUGCCAGCUUCACGGCCGCGUUCACGGCGGCAGGCUUCCCGACGCAGCGCCUGCAUGCCCUCGGCCGCGUCCUGGGCCAGGGCGAGCAGAAGCUGUCUAUCGUCCAGAACGGGGCCGAGAUCUUCGCCUCGACCCGUGGCCAGCUGCAGCAGGCGUGGGCCGAGACCAGCUACCGCAUGCGGUCGCUGCGCGACGCGCCCCUGGGCGCCAAGGAGGAGUUUGACGCCAUCCUCAGGGAUGACGACAAGGGUAUCCUGUACGACGUCAAGUUUGACUUCCUCACCUCGCCUCCGCCCGGUCGGGAGGGUGCGCCCAAGGUCGCGAUCCUGCGCGAGCAGGGCGUGAACGGGCACAUCGAGAUGGCGUGGGCGUUCCACGCGGCGGGCUUCGAGAGCGUCGACGUGCACAUGUCGGACAUCAUUAGCGGCCGCGUGGGUCUGUCGCAGUUUGCGGGUCUCGCUGCCUGUGGCGGAUUCAGCUACGGCGACGUCCUGGGUGCCGGACGGGGAUGGGCGAACAGCGUGCUUCUCAACCCCAAGGCGAGGGAGGAGUUCGAGGCCUUCUUCAAGCGGCCCGACACGUUCGCGCUCGGUGUGUGCAACGGAUGCCAGUUCUUCGCACAGCUGCGCGACCUCAUCCCCGGCGUCAGCGCGUGGCCCGAGUUCAAGACGAACCGGAGCGAGCGCUUCGAGGGCCGCGUGUGCAGUGUCACCAUCACGCCCGAGGCGGCGCGCAACGUGCUCCUCCGCGGCAUGGAGGGCUCCACGCUCCCCGUGGCCGUGGCGCACGGCGAGGGCCGCGCCGCCUUUGACGCCAAGGGCAGCCUCGACCAGCUGGAGAAGGAGGGCCUCGUGCCCGUCCGCUACGUCGAUGCACAGGGCAAGGUGACGCAGGAGUACCCGCUCAACCCCAACGACUCGCCGCACGGCAUCUCGGCCGUCCAGAGCCCCGACGGACGCGUCCUCGCCAUCAUGCCCCACCCCGAGCGCGUCGUUGCCGCCGAGUCCAACUCUUGGUUCCCGCCCCAGCUCGGCGAGGCGUGGAAGGGUAAGGGCCCUUGGUUCCGUCUGUUCCAGAACGCGUACGAGUUUGCGGCCAAGCAGUAA